AUGCAUUUGGUACUGUGGCUUUGCAUCGGUGCAUUGACUGUUUUGGCAGAUUUCAUGGGAGCCAUUGAUUCAAGCACUGGGAUUUUACUUGCCGUCACAAUCAUCUUCCAAUACUUUGAGUUCAUGUUGUUGAGAUUUAAUUUUGGAUCAAACCCAGCAGGUUCUUUUGGCGUAACUCUGCUUUGCUUGGGAUUUGGACAACCUAUCAAAGUUAAUUGGGUAUAUGUCACUGGACAAAGGGAGGACACAUCAAGUAUAGGACUUGAUACCCUUUUUGGAAAUAAUUUAUAUACUCAUAUGCUUUUCUACCUUCUUUCCUCAUGA